UGCUUUCCCUGCCAGCUUUUGGAGGCCGUUUUACUCGCCCUUCUUCUCACUCCGCUUCUUCUCUCCUCCGUCUCGUUUUCUCCAGCCGUUAUCUCCAUCCAUCGCUCCUCACCCUUUAUAACACCCCCUGGUUCUCUCCAAAUCACACACAAGGCCCUCUUAUCUUCUUCUAGAGAGAGAACGAGAAGCAGAGAGAGAUGGAGAAGCCAGCGGGCUCGACCGGCGGCGCCGCGGCGUCGUCGUCGUCGUUCGCGAGUCUGAGGGCGUACGGUUGGGCGCUAGCAGAGACCCCCCGACGGCUGCGGCGGCGGGUGGGGUCGGUGACGACGACGUACGAGGAGAUGAGCCGUGUGCGGGCGCGGUCCGGUUCGGACAUGGCGCGGGCGCUGCGGUGGCCGGACCUCGUUGGGCUGGGGCUUGGUGGGAUGGUCGGUGCCGGGGUUUUUGUGACCACCGGCCGCGCCGCCCGCCAAAACGCCGGCCCCGCCAUCGUCGUGUCCUACGCCAUUGCGGGGUUCUGCGCCCUCCUGUCGGCGUUCUGCUACACCGAGUUCGCCGUCGACAUGCCCGUUGCCGGCGGCGCCUUCAGCUACCUCAGGGUCACCUUUGGAGAAUUUGCGGCCUUUUUGACGGGAGCGAAUCUAAUAAUGGAGUACGUGUUGUCGAAUGCGGCGGCGGCACGGAGCUUCACGGCAUAUCUUGGGACGGUGAUCGGGGUGGACACGGCGGCGAGGUGGCGGAUCACCGUCUCCGGCCUCCCCAAAGGCUUCAACCAGAUCGAUCUCCUGGCGGUAGCCGUGGUUUUGAUCAUUACUGUGUGCAUUUGUUACAGUACGAAAGAGAGCUCGGUUCUAAACUUGGUGUUGACGUCGGUGCACUUGGCCUUCAUCAUGUUUAUAAUUGUCAUGGGAUUCUGGCGAGGGGACUCUAAGAAUUUCACGCACCCAGCGAACCCAGAAGAGAACCCUGGCGGGUUCUUCCCCUACGGCAUCUCAGGGGUCUUCAACGGCGCGGCCUUGGUUUACCUCAGCUACAUCGGCUACGAUGCCGUGUCCACCAUGGCGGAGGAGGUCAAGAACCCCACCCGUGACAUCCCCAUUGGCGUCUCGGGCUCUGUCGUCCUUGUCACAGUUCUCUACUGCCUCAUGGCUGCCUCCAUGGUCAUGCUCCUCCCCUACGAUGCUAUAGACAUUGAAGCACCGUUCUCGGCGGCGUUCACGGGAUCGGACGGCUGGGGAUGGGUGUCGAACGUGAUCGGGGCGGGGGCGGUUUUCGGGAUCCUGACGUCCUUGCUGGUGGCGAUGCUGGGGCAGGCGAGGUAUCUGUGCGUGAUCGGACGGUCGAGCGUCGUGCCAGCGUGGUUCGCCCGGGUCCACCCCUCCACCUCCACGCCCGUCAACGCCUCCGCUUUCCUCGGUGUGUUCACGGCUGCCAUAGCUCUCUUCACCGAACUCGACGUCCUCCUCAGCCUCGUCUCCAUCGGCACUCUCUUCGUCUUCUACAUGGUAGCCAAUGCCGUGAUCUACAGGCGCUAUGUCACGGCCGGUUCCACCAACCCAUGGCCAACCAUCUCAUUUCUCCUCUGCUUCUCCUUUGCUUCCCUUGCCUUCACCCUUGUAUGGAACUUCGCUCCGCCUGGGAGGACCAAGGCCCUGCUGCUUGGUGCGUGCGCUGUGUCGGCCAUUGCCAUCCUGCAAGCCUUCCAACUCCUCGUGCCGCAGGCUCGGAAGCCUGAGUUUUGGGGUGUGCCAUUGAUGCCUUGGAUACCCUCCAUCUCUGUAUUCCUGAAUUUGUUCUUGCUGGGUUCUCUCGAUCGGCCUUCGUUUGUGCGGUUCGGCUUCUUCUCGGUGCUUGCGGUACUGGUUUAUGUUUUCUAUAGCGUGCAUGCAAGUGUUGAUGCCGAAGAGAAUGGUGCUCUGCACAAAGCUGGAGAUAGCCGGAGCUAUCCAGAGGAAAAUAAUGAUGGAAGCUUCAGGGUGUAAAAGGAGCUGAAGAAAAGGAUCAAAUCUUUCGUUCUGUUUUCUUAUGUUCUGUUUUUUUUUCUCUUUUUCUUUACCAAUUUCCAUCUUUUUUUUUUCCCUUUCUAUUUCCAGUGGGUUUGGGGAGUUAAAUGGGGGCCAAAAAGAAAUUCUAACUGGCAAAAUGCCAAAGAAAAGAAAAGGAAGGCUUUUUAUACAUGCAAGUUGUAAGAUAGAUGGCUUUUGAAUUAAUUUCCUUUAUGUAUUUUGGUUUCAACAUCUCUUUCCUUCAGCUUCUUGGUUGAGUUAGAAUUCAGUAAAAUUGUGUUGGUG